UUAGCUUUAUCACAAGUGGGGAUUAAUUUAGGCUGGAGGCCUUUUAGUUCUUGAGCUGAUUUCUACAUCUUGUGUAAAUAAUGUGGAUGGAGCUUUGAAGUUAUGACUGCCCUAUUCUUUACCUUUAAAAAAUGUGACUGCUCCUAAAAUUCUGUUGUAACCACACUUAGUAAUCUAGUAUUGUAUGUGUCCGGGAUCAGUUUUAUUGAGAUCAUCUUAUAAGAACAACAUCAAAUUCUUCUAACAAUAGUUUGCCCCAUCCCCUACCGGGAAAUCUAAGUUCAUUUCAAGGCAUUCGAAAUGGGGAAAGACUAUUAUUACAUUUUGGGAAUUGAAAAAGGAGCUUCAGAUGAAGAUAUUAAAAAAGCUUACCGAAAACAAGCACUCAAAUUUCAUCCGGACAAGAACAAAUCUCCUCAAGCAGAGGAAAAAUUUAAAGAGGUCGCAGAAGCUUAUGAAGUAUUGAGUGAUCCUAAAAAGAGAGAAAUAUAUGAUCAGUUUGGGGAGGAAGGGUUGAAAGGAGGAGCAGGAGGUACUGAUGGACAAGGAGGUACCUUCCGGUACACCUUUCACGGUGACCCUCAUGCCACAUUUGCAGCAUUCUUUGGAGGUUCCAAUCCCUUUGAAAUUUUCUUUGGAAGACGGAUGCCUGGUGGUAGAGAUUCUGAUGAAAUGGAAGUAGAUGGAGAUCCUUUUACUGCCUUUGGAUUCAGCAUGAAUGGAUAUCCAAGAGACAGGAAUUCUGUGGGACCAUCCCGCAUUAAACAAGAUCCUCCAGUUAUUCAUGAACUUAGAGUAUCACUUGAAGAAAUAUAUAGUGGUUGUACCAAACGGAUGAAGAUUUCUCGAAAAAGGUUAAAUCCUGAUGGAAGGAGUUAUAGAUCUGAGGACAAAAUUCUCACCAUCGAGAUUAAGAAAGGGUGGAAAGAAGGCACCAAAAUUACUUUUCCAAGGGAAGGAGAUGAAACGCCAACUAGUAUUCCAGCAGACAUUGUUUUUAUCAUUAAAGAUAAAGAUCACCCAAAAUUUAAAAGGGAUGGAUCAAAUAUAAUUUACACUGCUAAAAUUACUUUACGAGAGGCAUUGUGUGGCUGCUCAAUUAACGUGCCAACAAUGGAUGGAAGAACCAUACCUAUGUCAAUAAAUGAUAUUGUGAAACCUGGAAUGAGGAGAAGAAUUAUUGGAUAUGGGCUGCCAUUUCCAAAAAAUCCUGACCAGCGUGGUGACCUUCUAAUAGAAUUUGAGGUGUCCUUCCCAGAUACUAUAUCCUCAUCAUCCAAAGAAGUACUUAGGAAACAUCUUCCUGCCUCAUAGAAUGAAAAACUUUGUUACCCAUAUUUUGAUAAGGCACUGAAAAUAUAAAAGGACUGGCAGUUUACUGAUGUAGAUGUGAAUUCUGUAUAAAGAUGUGUAAAUUAUUUUGAGGAUUCAUUAAAUUGCAUGAAUAGAGACGGGUCAAAUAAAUAGGCAAAAGGGAUUUUUACAGUUAGAGAUGAAAAGAAAACCUAUUCACUGUAUUUUAUUUCAUUUCUCCCAAAUCAGAAAUUUUUAGUAUUUUGCUUCAUGUAGAAUUUGUUUUUGUGGAGUUAGUGGAUAUAUUUCUAAUAAAGUACUAGCCUAUCCUAAAGUACUUUAUUUCUUUUAUCUUUACAUUAUCAGUAUGAUAGGUUCUCAUUUAUAAUGGAAAUUUAAAUUCUUAACUAAAAUACACAUGUGAUAUGUAUUUCUAGAAAAUUAAAGCCCAAGUCAUUUGGAAAUGUGGUUGACUAGAUUUAAAUCUCCAUCUGAAAUGCUGCUAUAGGACUGGUACCCGUAAAAGAAUAUACUAAUGCAUAUGUUUCACCAUUUUGAUUUUUAAAGUAUGCUGUAGCAUUUCUUAAUACCAUAGUUGUAAUGUUCUUAAGGCAGACAUUUUCAUCAUAAAAAGGAAAUUAAUGGCAAUUUAUCUCCUGUGGAAAUCCCAAUUGCCUGAAUUACUGAUAUUUUAGAAAUAGGCUGUUUUUAAAAUGCCAUAUGUAAUUUUAUGCAAGUUGACUAUAUAUCUUGGACUUAAUAAAUUAUAGGCACAUUUUAUUGUCCACUAGUUUAAAAUAAUUUGUUUAAUAAUAAAUGUGUUUUUAGAGGAAAUAUUGUUACUUGGAAUUAAUUUUCCAAUUAUACAGUCUUCUAUAACUUACUGAUAAUAUGCUAUAUGUACCUUAUGCAAUUUCCCUAAAAAGAAUAAAGUACCACUAUGGUGUUAAACCAAAAUAUGGGGAAAAUAAACACUAACUGCUGCUUAUGAA